UUUCACACGCACACCCCUUUCUGUCCUAGUUGGACCGUUGGGGUAUGCAGCGCCAAACAUGUGUCUCCUGUUUGUUUGGACGCAGAGAGCUUGAGUUACGGUCAUAUUCAGGUCAGGUGUGGUUGUGGUUCAGAUCAGAUCCACUGCCUCAGCAAUCUUAACUGCGGAGGUGGUGGACCCAUCCCCACCAUCAUCUCCUUCUUCGUUUCGUUUCGUUUCGUUUCUUUCUGUUUAAUCACAUACAUCACGUGUUUUUUUCACAGAGUUUCUGAGCGGCGGCUAUAGAUAUAGAUCUCUCCACCGUCAUCUAUUUCAUCUGCAGCUACAAUUCAAUCUCUUUCUGUUACAGAGAAAAGAAAAGCCCCUUUUCUGAUUACGAUAGGCCGGUAGUCUUUCUCUCUUCUUUCUCUCUCUAGUUUUGUAAUUGUCUUUGUCGCUCUCUUUCUAUCUUUUUUAUAUAUCCUUUCUCUUCGUAUCCCAGUAAUAAUUAUAAUAGGUUCAAUCAAGUGAGUUAUUAGAUGCCUUUGUCUUCUCUCCUUUGUAUCUUUAUUGUAGACCCAUCUCGUAGAAUCUCUAAUCCUCCCCCACAAUCCCUUUUUCUGCUUAGAAAAUACAUACUCCUUUCCAAUCAGGGCCUGAAAAUGGGCAUUUUCAUGCUCCAGAGGCUCUCUAUUUUGUUCUUCGUUAUAACAAGAACCUGUUCGAUUAUACCUCCAAUGGCUCCCACAAAUGGAGGUGAUUAUGGUGGCGAUGUUCCAACGUUUUCUAAUCCUCCUUCACCAAUACCACCACCACCUCCUCCGCAAUCGAAUUCGUCUUCGCCGUUUAAACCCAGCAUAGCCGUGAUCGUCGGAGUUCUGACCACCAUGUUCUCAGUCACGUUUUUAUUACUUCUCUACGCGAAGCACUGCAAGAGGGGAAAUGGGUACGCCGAUGAAGGCCCCAAUUCCAGAGGUCCCACUACCUCCGCCGCCAGGAAGCACUCUGGCAUUGACCGAGCGGUGGUCGACUUGCUCCCCAUUUUCCGGUUCAAGUCGCUCAGGGGCCAGAAGGACGGACUCGAAUGCGCGGUUUGCUUGAACCGGUUCGAGCCCAUGGAGGUCCUCCGAUUGCUCCCCAAGUGCAAGCACGCCUUCCAUGUGGAAUGCGUCGACACCUGGCUCGACGCCCACUCCACCUGCCCUCUCUGCCGCUACCGGGUCGACCCGGAAGACAUUCUCCUCGUCGAAAACGACACACCACAGCCGCCACCGCAAGAAGUGGAACAGCAUGGAAUAGAAUCGUCCGGUUUUCGGCGAGUUUCGGGGAGACACUCGUCCGCCGGCGAGAGAGGAACGGGGUAUCUACAGAUUAAUCUACAGAGGACAAGCGAGUCGGAGGCUCAUGAUCCGACGUCGUCUAGAAGAUCACUCGACAGUUCUAAAAUGAGAAAGAAGAGCAACGAACCAACCGAGUCGGAGACUCAUGAUCCGACGUCGUCUAGAAGAUCACUCGACGUUUCUAAAACGAGAAAGAAGAGCAACGAAACCGUGUCCGUCGGAUGCUUUGACCGCCACCGAAAAGACGGACUUUUGUUAACUGAAGGAUUAGCCGCCGACCGGACAAGUUUCGAACACCGGUUCGAGCACAGGAUCAUAGUAUCCGGUGGGUCAAGGGGGCUCCAGCAGAGAUGGAGCGACGUACAGCCGUCUGAUCUGCUGUAUCUACGGUCCGAAAUGAUCAUAAGCGAUAGCCGUCGAUUGUCAUUGGGAUCACGGACAUCGGCAAGGGAUGUGCACCAUCAGCAUGAGGUGGUGGCGCAGCACCGGAAUAGUGAGGGCAUUAAUGGGAAUAAUGGGUGGCAGAAUCAUCAGAAUGGCAGGAGUGUAAUAAAUUCGAGAAGUGUGUCGGAAAUCACGGGGUUAAGCAGGUUCUCAGACAGGACGAGUAAUAACCACCAACAGCUACAGGAACAAGAACGACAGACCGGCCUUGUUUCGAGAUGGUUGGCUUGGAUUUCUCAAUCUCAUUCACUGCCAGCUGUACGGUCCGUAUCGAGAGAUUCAAGACUGCCAUUGUAGAUUUAGAUGAUGAUCGUAGCCAAUAGUUAGUACUGGUAGUUACGUAUAUAAUUAUUAUAUGGUAGUAUCUUUUAUUGAUUCA